AUGUUCAAGUAUCUGGCUACUAUUCGAGUAAUUCAUAAUUGUUUUCAAAAAAUGAAUCAAACAACAUCUAUGCUUUAUAGAUGCUAUUCAAAUGAAUCAUCAGACGAAAAUUCAGAUUCAGAUAAUAUCGUUUAUAAUAAAAAAAUUUUAAUUGAAAAAUAUGAUGAAACAAAAAAUGUUCUAUUGAAGAAAUUCUGGAAGGAUUGUGAAUCUACCAUUAAAGAAAGAGGUCUUAAUAAUACAACUUUACAAGUCAGUGAAUACAAUCAAUCUGUGUUUAAACUAUUAAGAGAUAACAAAUUUAUUUUAAAUGAAGAAAAUCCAAAUAGAGAUGAAGAUCUUCAAAAGUUGGAACUUGAGAUUGAAAAUCUUACUGUUAAGUUUGAUAAAGAAACAAUAUUCAAAAGUUCUUUUACUUUAAUUGAACUUCUUCUCAAAGAUAAAAGAUGUUGUGUAAGAGAUUAUUUGAAAGAUCAUUUGCCUGAUAAAUGCUUAUCAGCAAUAUAUAAAUUAAAUGAGUAUACUAUAGAAUGCGGUAUCAUUCAUGUACUAGGAAGUCUUUUCGAUCAUUUGAAUGAUAUCAAUCAUAUAAGGUUAUCAACUUUGAUUGAUCAUCUUGAAAUGCAUAUUGUAACACAAUUAGUUCUAUUAUAUAGGAGCUUUAAUCCUAAUUUAACCUAUUAUGAAUUGAAGUAUCUUAAACUGGAUGAUUAUGUCAUAUAUGAUCUGGUCGAAGACAAAAAGGUCAAAGGUAAACCAAAUGCAACUAUUAAGAUUAGAAAUUAUAUUCUAGGUAAGAAGUUAGUUGAAUUCAUGACAGAGAGAGGUAUUAUCACAAUACUGAAUAAGGGUAAUGAGAAUGUGAAUUACAAAACUGAAGGUUAUAAAGACAAUCUUUUGUAUGUUGAAUGUGCUUUUGACAUCAAUUUACUUCCUAUAAAACUCAAUCUUCCUAUGAUCAGCCCACCUGUUGAUUGGUAUAGUAUCAAAAAGGAUAAUAAUCCUAACGUACCUACUUAUAUGAGUGAUAUUAAAGGUGGAUACUUAGUUGGUGCUACCGGAGAAUUCUACAACAGAUUUAAAUUAUUAACUUCUAAGAAUAUCGAUAGGUUCUAUCUUUCUUUCAGAAAAGACCCUUCUAAUAUGUUAGAAAUUUUAUCUUUUUUGCAGAGACAAAAAUUUUUAAUCAAUAAAUCAAUGUUGAAAUUUAUCAAAGAUAAUCGUUUAGCCUUAGAGAAUGUGGAUCUUCUUAUUGAUCAAUGCCUUGCAAAUAUUAACACUUUAGCUGCUUACGAACUAUUAGAUGAGAUGUUCUAUCGAACAGACUUAAAAACUAAUAUAAAAGGUUAUUUUAGGUUAGAUGAGUUGAAAGAAAACCUUAAUAAAAGGAUACAGCGAGCUAGGUAUGAGGAAUUUAUUUUCCAGCUUGCUGAUGCAUAUGCUGAUUAUCCUUUAUAUCUUCCUGCAUUCCUUGACUUCCGUGGUAGAAUUUACCGCUCAGGUGUGUUACAUUUUCACGAGCGUGAUUUGGCUAAAAGCUUGAUAAUCUUUUCAAACUCUGAAAAAGAUAUCAAUGAAAUCAACAAUUUUUCAGAAAAUCGAAUUGAUAGUGGUAUCUAUAAUUUAGCAAUAGCUACAGGGUUCAAAUAUCAAAAAUUCUCUAACUAUAAAGAAUCUUAUGAUUGGAUCAAAAAUGAGUUGAUUCCUAAUCAAUCUAAUAUCUUAGAGUUUGCACGUAAUGCUGAUGAUCCAUUCCAGUUCCUAUCUAAAGCUUUAUAUUUAUUAUAUUUUAUAUCUGAAAAUGAAAAAGGUACUAGUUUCUAUAGUUCAGAUUUGAGGUAUCUAUUAAAUGAAAUUCCUGUGAGUCAGGAUGCAUCCGCAAGUGCUUACCAAAUUAUGAGCUUUCUCUUGUUAAACGAAGAUCUUGGUAAGGGAACUAAUAUGAUAUAUGGUUCUGAGGAUAAGAUACAAGAUUUGUAUUCUUCUUUGAAAGAUGAACUUGUUGAAUAUUUAUUAAAGACAAAAUGUAGUAAUGAUUACCCUCAAUGUGAGGAUUUUGUCAAAACUCAAAUAGAUCGUAAAUUUGUGAAAAGACUCUUUAUGCCUUUAAUAUAUGGUAAAACUAUUAUGUCAAUGACUAAUGAUAUAAAGCUAUAUAGUGAAAGGAAACUUCCUUACAAGGCUUACUUUAAGAUUGCAAAUGAUUGCUUAGAAUUUUGGAGGAUGAAAUUUCCUGAUAUUGUGAAUUUGAUGAAAUUGCUUAACCUUGUUGGUUGGUUUAAGUCACAGAUGAAUAAGCCUGUUUUAUAUGGACAUAUGUUAUUUACAACACAUCAGUUUUACACAAAAAGUGUAAAGACACAAAUUUCUAUCUAUGACCGUAAAACAAAGAAAAGGCAUAGGGUUACCCUCAAACUCCCUACGCCUGAGCGGGAUAUACGAAAGAGUCAAGUGUCCACUUGCGUGAACUUCAUUCAUCAGAGAGAUGCUUGUAUUGCUAUGCUUGUUGUUGAUAAAUUAAAUAGAUAUCAUGAACAUGCUUCCAUGUACACGGUACACGACAAUUUUAUAACGUCACCUUAUUACUCAAACAUUAUAGAUAUAUCUAAUCAAAAUUAUCAAUUUAAAAUUCCCUCUUUAUACUUAGAAGCAUUCAAAUAUAUUGAAAAACCUAGCAAUAUUGUUAUGACAUUUCUUAUGAAUAAUUUAAUUUAUUUCGAAUCCGAAUCAUACAAUAUGAUAUAUACAUGUCAUAUAUCGUUUAAUACUCUAUAUAAUUUAGUUAUAAAAAAAUAUAAGGGUAAUCCCUCUGAAAUUAGAGAAGAAAUAAAAUAUUUUCAUGAUGAUGUAUCAUCUAUAUUUAGAAAAAAUAAAAAAGUGUUUGAUGAUAAUUUAUCCGAUAAUAUCAUUAUAACUGAUGAAUUAUCAUUGAUAGCAAAAAAUAAAUUUUAUGAUAUGUAUCAGAAUAUAUUGGGUAAUUUUUUACCAGAUCUUCCUGGUAAAGGGGUUAACUAUAUCUUUGAUAGAGAGGAUUUUAGAUAUUUUCUAAAACUAAACCGGGAUUCGUUUUGUCAUACAAAAGUAGAUAAAAAAACAUGGGAUAUAAAAACAAAUAUUUUUUUGACUUGUUUUGACCAGUAUUAUACAAAUAUUACAGAUACAAAGUAUGAAUCUUAUCCAGAAGGUUUGAAACAUCAAAUAGAAUCUUAUAAUCCAAAUUAUAGCUUGCACUAUUGA